GCGAAUUUUCCAAAGCUAAACCUUUGUAAAAAAAAAAUUGGUCAUUCAGUUUGGCAAAGCAUUUGCAAUUUCAUUUUUGAGCCUAACACCUUGAAUCCAGAAAGCAAGUGACCAUGGCUGUUCCAUUUCUUCCGUUUGUGCUUAAAAAUCUCAACUCCUUGAUCCAAAAUGAGGUGGGAUUGCUCUGUGGAGUAAACACGGAGAUGGAAAAGCUUUCAAGCACUCUCUCCACCAUCCAGGCUGUCCUUGAAGAUGCAGAGCAAAAGCAACUGCAAGACAAAGCUAUACAGAAUUGGUUGAAAGAACUCAAUGAUGCGGCCUACGAGGCAGAUGACAUCUUGGAUGAGUGCGCAACCGAAGCCCUCCAAUGUGAAUUAAAAGGCCAAGGUUAUGGUUCUCUCAAGAAGGGCGAGUACACCCAGGACCUUGAGAGCUCAUUGAGUACUCCAUAAUUCAGAGAUUGUGCUGCCAUGCUCUUUGGGUCACGAUGGCUGCUGCUAGUAUUGAAGUGGCUGUGGCAUCGGAUGCUUUGUUGGUGGGAAGGUUUUGGGUUGUUCAUGGGUAUGAGAUUAUCUAAUAGG